CAUGCCGGACCGGGCAGGUCUUUCGGUGUUCUUCCCCCUCCCGUGCUCUUCCUCCCCAAUCCCUUCCCUCCCUUCUUCCCCCUUUACUCCUCCGUCUCGGGGUUCUGCGGCCUCGGGAGCGGCGGAGGAGAUGGAGUAAGCGUUCGGUGGCGGCCAGGCGCGCGGUCCGCGCAGUCACAGCCCGGAGGCCUUCAGGGAGCCGGCGAGGGGGUGGAGGGGGGGGGGACGGGUCCCAGCACCGCCCCUCCAGGUAGCCGGCUGCGAGGUAACUUGAACCACCAAGUACUGCAGCCAUGGAGUCGAUGCUGAAUAAACUGAAGAGCACGGUCACAAAAGUAACCGCUGACGUCACGAGUGCUGUCAUGGGGAACCCUGUCACGAGGGAGUUUGACGUCGGUCGGCACAUUGCCAGUGGCGGCAAUGGGCUGGCGUGGAAGAUUUUUCACGGCACUAAGAAGUCAACAAAGCAGGAAGUGGCUGUUUUUGUUUUUGAUAAAAAGCUGAUUGACAAAUAUCAAAAAUUUGAAAAGGAUCAAAUCAUCGAUUCUUUAAAACGAGGAGUCCAGCAGCUCACCCGGCUACGCCACCCUCGACUACUUACUGUCCAGCAUCCCUUAGAAGAGUCAAGGGAUUGCUUGGCAUUUUGUACAGAACCAGUUUUUGCCAGUUUAGCCAAUGUUCUUGGUAACUGGGAAAAUCUACCGUCUUCAAUAUCUCCAGACAUUAAGGAUUAUAAACUUUAUGAUGUAGAAACGAAGUAUGGUUUGCUUCAGGUUUCUGAAGGAUUGUCAUUUUUGCAUAGCAGUGUGAAAAUGGUUCAUGGAAAUGUAACUCCUGAAAAUAUAAUUCUGAAUAAAAGUGGAGCCUGGAAAAUAAUGGGUUUUGAUUUUUGUGUAUCAUCAAGCAAUCCUUCUGAACAAGAGCCCAAGUUUCCUUGUAAAGAGUGGGACCCAAACUUACCGUCACUGUGUCUUCCAAACCCUGAAUACCUGGCUCCUGAGUACAUCCUCUCCGUGAGCUGUGAGACGGCCAGCGAUAUGUAUUCUCUAGGAGCUGUUAUCUAUGCCGUGUUUAAUAAAGGGAAACCUAUAUUUGAAGUCAACAAGCAGGACAUUUAUAAGAGCUUCAGUAGACAGUUGGAUCAGCUGAGCCGUUUAGGAUCUAGUUCACUUACAAGUAUACCUGAGGAAGUUCGUGAGCAUGUCAAACUCUUGCUAAAUGUGACCCCAACUGUGAGACCCGACGCGGAUCAGAUGACAAAAAUUCCCUUCUUCGAUGAUGUUGGUGCAGUCACACUUCAGUAUUUUGAUACCUUAUUCCAAAGAGAUAAUCUUCAGAAAUCCCAGUUCUUCAAAGGAUUGCCGAAGGUUCUGCCAAAGCUGCCCAAGCGUGUCAUCGUGCAGAGAAUUUUGCCUUGUUUGACUUCAGAAUUUGUAAACCCUGAUAUGGUACCUUUUGUUUUGCCCAAUGUUUUACUGAUUGCUGAGGAGUGUACCAAAGAAGAAUAUGUCAGAUUAAUUCUGCCUGAACUUGGUCCUGUGUUUAAACAGCAGGAGCCUGUGCAGAUUUUGUUAAUUUUUCUCCAAAAAAUGGAUUUGCUCCUUACCAAAACCCCUCCUGACGAGAUAAAGAACAGUGUGCUGCCCAUGGUCUACAGGGCUCUGGAGGCGCCUUCCAUUCAGAUCCAGGAGCUCUGUCUGAACAUCAUCCCAACUUUUGCAAAUCUCAUAGACUACCCUUCCAUGAAAAAUGCUUUGAUUCCAAGAAUUAAAAAUGCUUGUUUGCAAACAUCUUCCCUUGCUGUUCGUGUGAAUUCAUUAGUCUGUUUGGGCAAGAUUUUGGAGUACUUGGAUAAGUGGUUUGUACUUGAUGAUAUCCUACCCUUCUUACAACAGAUUCCCUCCAAGGAGCCUGCGGUCCUCAUGGGGAUUCUAGGUAUCUAUAAGUGUACUUUCACUCAUAAGAAACUGGGAAUCACCAAAGAGCAGCUGGCUGGAAAAGUACUGCCUCAUCUCAUUCCCCUGAGUAUUGAAAACAAUCUUAACCUCAAUCAGUUCAGCUCUUUCAUUGCCGUCAUAAAGGAGAUGCUGAGCAGGCUGGAGUCUGAGCACAGGACUAAGCUGGAGCAGCUUCACAUGAUGCAGGAGCAGCAGAGGUCUUUGGAGAUUGGAAAUCAAAUGAAUGCUUCCGAGGAGACGGGUGUUACACAUGCCGGAAGUCAGCAGAUGGACAAGGUCUUCAACAACAUUGGAACAGACCUUCUAACUGGGGGCGAAUCCGAAAAUAAAGAAGAUGGGCUGCAGAAUAAGCAGAAAAGAGCAUCGCUUACACUUGAAGAAAAACAGAAAUUAGCAAAGGAACAGGAGCAGGCACAGAAGCUGAAAAGCCAGCAGCCUCUGAAGCCCCAAGUCCACACUCCCAUUGCACCCAGCAAACAGACUAAGGACCUGACAGAUACGUUGAUGGAUAACAUCACCUCCUUGACCAGCCUUUCCGUUAGCACUCCUAAGCUUUCCGCUUCAAGUACCUUCACAUCUGUUCCUUCCACGGGCCUCAACAUGAUGUUUUCUACACCAAUUGAUAAUACAAAGAGAAAUUUGACAAAUGGCCUGAAUGCCAACAUGGCCUUUCAGACUUCAGGAUUCAGCAUGCCGGUCAACCCGAACCAGAACUUCUUCAGCGGUUCAAGCACCGCUGGAGUGACCACGAUGACUCUGGGAGCGGCUCCCACGCUGUCGAGCUACAGCCCUUUGAGUGUUCCUCCCGCUGCUGUGAAGCAGGCUCAGCAGAGACCGGCCGAUAUGUCGGCCCUUAAUAACCUCUUCGGCCCUCAGAAACCCAAAGUUAGCAUGAACCAGCUAUCCCAGCAGAAACCAAAUCAGUGGCUGAAUCAGUUUGUCCCUCCUCAGGGUUCCCCAGGUAUGGGCAGCGCAGCCAUGGGCGUACAGGCGAAUGUGAUGGGACAGGCUGCCUUUGGUAUGCAGGGCAACCCUUUCUUUAACCCGCAGAACUUCGCACAGCCACCAGCUACCAUGAACAGUAGCAGUUCAGCUAGCAACGAUCUGAAAGAUCUUUUCGGGUGAGGCGUCCCGUGCUGCUCCUCGAAGGUUGCUGCAGUUCAGUCAUGGGUGAGCAGACUUAAAUCGGCGUGCAGCUGGCUUGAAGAAACUGCUCCCGGGGGGCAGUGGCUUGUUUCUGUGACGGAGAACACCUGCUUCCAUGCCAGCCAGCGCAGGAGUUGUGUGGAUUUUAACCAGUUCAGUUUUUUAAAGCGUUGAGGAUUUUCUCCUCUACAAAACCUCCUCUUCAGGUUUUUAAAGAUCCAGUCCUUACUAGUCUCAAAGUGCGAAAGGACAACCGAGUUAUCUUGAAUACCAGUUUUUAAAUCAGAUGUUUAUUUUGGCUUGUAAAUCUUCAUGUUAUUAAAGCCUUGUGUUGACGGUAGCUGGGCACUCACCUGUUCUCUCACCUUUGUAUUCUCUUGUCCUCACCAGUGGGAAGAGUCUGGGUUCUGUGUGGGUUUGUUUGCCCUGUGUGACAGGGGAUGGUAACAUGAAGGGGAAGCAUCGGGUCCUUUGCUUCUUCCAGUCUUAGUUUUCAAAGGAACUUAUGCUUCGUGCAAAAGACAGUAAAAAUGCUGCAAAUCUUAAUUUACGUUAAUUUCACUGGUUUAAAAGCAUUAUUAACCAUCUUAAAUGCAAACUAAUCAUUGUGAAUUAUAUUUUAGCAUGAUCUGCCUCAAAUAGCAAUGUAUUUCUGCCUUUACUUGAAUAUCUUUAGGAUCACCUUUUUCCUGUUGUACCACAGGAGAGCCAUUGUACAGAAACCAGACAGAGCGCCUGGACCCGGCUUCCCCGCCCCUGCCUUCGUACUUGAGUUUGAAUUCAAACUUCUGAAGUUGCAGCACAUAUGAAUUACAUUUUCAAAAGGAGAUUUGUAAAAAAAAAAUAAUAAUUAAACUAUAUUUAAUGAGUAAACUUUUGAGAUUUCUGCCAUAUUGUUUAAGCUGUAAUAACCCGUAAAAAUGAGUGAGCCAUUGAACACCAACAGAUUGAAUGUUAGCUUGCCAUGAAGUCCAGCCCCCGUUAGGUACCUACUACUGAAACUCAGUUCUUUUCUAGGAGUUCCAGAAUCUUGGUUUGGAUAUUCAGUGUCUGUAAAGCUGUCACUGUUAGGAGGGAAGUAGUUCCAACAGGGACACGUCUCACUCUCCAGGAGGCUUCCCUGGUGUUUGUCUUUAAUCUGCUGAUUCUACCACAGAGCCUUAUGCUACAAACAUCAUUUGUAUUUUUAAAACUCAUAUCCCACUGUUAUGUGAUAACUAAAGAACUCUUAAAAAACUGUGUAUGUGAUAUAGUUGCUGCCAUACAGUUUGUGGUUUUUAAUUAUUUGGAACCAGCAAUCAUUUAAAAUAAAUCAUAUAAAGUUUA